AACUGGGAGGUUCUUGAACAGUCGCCUUCCAGAAAACACAUGACCAGGGCUGAAACCCAACACAGAUCCGCUGCAUUUGCCAACAUGAUCCAAACUCGGACUUUUUUACUGUCUUUUCUUUUCUUUGUCUUCAGUUUUGCAGUUGGUUUUGCUCAGACGACAAGUCCAGUAACAAACUGCACUUUAAAAUCCAACACAACUUGUGAAGAAUGUCUGAAGAUUGUUUCGUGUUUGUGGUGCAUCUCAAGCCAGAAAUGCAUUGACUAUCCAGUGAAGAGCAUUCUACCAUCCCAUAGUGUUUGCCCUCUCUCAGACGCACGAUGGGGAAUGUGCUGGAUGAAUUUCCAGACUCUCAUCAUUACCAUCUCUGUGAUCGCCGGCGUAAUCGUCAUCGCUAUAUUCGUCUGCUGCUUCUGCUGCUGUAAAUGUGAAAACAUUGGGUCUCGGAGGAAUGAUGAGCGAACGGAGAGACAAGCUCAUUUGAGAAAGUUUCGCCAAGAGGAGAGGAAAGCAGAGAUGAAGAAGAGACAUGAUGAAAUGCGACUGAAAUAUGGUUUGACAAAGGAUAACCCGUACUCCAGAUUUGAGAACAGCUAAGAAACUUGUGAUGAUGCACCGCUGUUGACUUUUCUUAUACCUCACAACUGUAAAAAUGAACACAUUUCCUUGCAUAUCCAGCACUCCAUUUUUAUUUGAUUGAACUGGUUGACAAAGUAGCCAGCUGACCACACAAGCAUUCAUUGUUGGUAUUGGCUUGAAAUUUGAUUCAAUCACAUCACACCUGGAUUUUCAACAAAUCUGCAAGCAAACCACAGUUGGACAUUGUAUUUUUUGCAAAUCCAAAUAAGCAACAACAUAAAUUCAGCAAGACGUGUUGAUAACUGAGUCUGCAUUGGCCAGACCUGAUUUUUGGUUAGCAGUACAUGAAAUUUACUGCUGUUGCUUUUUAAUCAGAUUAAACAAGGUCUUGUCUUGCAUAAAUAGUACAUUGAUAUUUCAACUUGAUUUCAAAUUGAUAUUUUAUAACUUGUCUAUGAGUUGCAUUUGUCAAUGUUUUAAUCACUAGCUUAUUGUAAUUACAAAAUGGUUGAUUUAUAAGUGCAAUUUACAAAGUCAAAUAAACUGGGAGAAAAGAUGAA